GCAGUAAUAAAAUCAGCUGUUCACCUAUCAUUUUUAUAAAUUGUCUGAGAGGGUAAAUGGCAAAGUCUUACUUUGUUGACCGCAUUUAUAUUUAUAAUUUUGUGUCUUUCUUGCCAUCUCUGGGUCUAAGUUGAAUGUCAAAGUUGGACAACCUUACGGUUUAUGGCAACAACCUUUGACUAUACAAGUGAGAGGCAUGAUUUAUAAUGUAGAAUGAACUUUGAUCAACUCAGAGGCCAUGCAGCAGCUCAGUAUGUAAAUAGCUGCAUAAGCUAUGUAGCAGCCCUUGGCAUCAAUAAGCACAGCGUUAAAUUUGACGGUUACGAUUUUCAUUUCUCACAUGGUCUUCUGAUACAUCUUUGUACUUUGUUGUGGUGGAUUUAAUGGAUUUACUCUCAUUAGCUUUUGUUACCUCGUACUUUCCGUAUUUAACAACUUAGAAUGUAUAAAAAAAUGAAAAACACGUGUGCUUGUCUUACAUAGGGAUUGUGAAUGAUAGGCAACAUUCACAAAAAAGUGCAAUUCCCCUUUAAACUUUUGUCCAUUUAGAAGCCAGAACAGGCAAAUGCUGACAAAAACAAGGGAUCAUUUCUUAUGAAAACAAAGGUCAGUCAAAAUAGCAGCAAUAGAUAAAAACUUCUAAGCUAUCUAACUUCCUCAAAAUGAAAAGCUGCACUAAGGUCGAUUGAUUAAUUGCUUGCAAUUCUAGAGGGCUACUGUAAUAGACUCAUUGUAUGUUACUGUGUUAUGGAUUCAUUGUCAAUAUGUAAGCCGUUUAUUAGAUUGUAUAUUAUUUAAUGAAAGUGGCACAGUGGUGUCGCAUGUUUGUGUAAUUGACGUUUGUUAUUGUUUCUUUCUUCUUUGUGCUGCAAAUUGACGCUGCUACACACCUGAAGUUCCUAUUGGUUAAAUAAAGUACUUUAAUUGAUAUAGACAAUGUUUAGCUCGUGGACUUUGGCUAAAAUUUUGCAAAAUUAGCAAGUGAUGUCUCUAACGGGAUAAGGGUGAAAUGUUCCCACACUUAACAUGUUUUCACCCGCAAUGUUGUUGCUAGUAGCUGCGCUCACUCGUUCAUGCUCAUCUCCAUCAACGAGCGAUGACAUCACUAUCACUGACCAAUGAAAUGGUUCAGAUAGCGACGAUUCACAUGAUUCUUCAGACAGUGGAGUUACACCGCAAAAAACCAGAGAGCUACUGGCCAGACGGCCGUCAUACAGAAAAAUCCUCAAUGAACUUUCAUCCGAGGGACUACCACCCACCGAGGGGAAGGACAGCUCGACCACCUCAGGAGUGUCGGGUGUGACCAUACCUGCACCCAUCUACCAGACCACCACUGGCCAGUACAUCACCGUAACUCCUAAUGGAACCAUCCAGCUGACAAACCCAGGACCUGAUGGCGUUCAGGAACUGCAGGUGGCCAUGGCCAACCCUACUGGAGGCCAGCAGGGGACAACCAUCCUCCAGUAUGCUCAGACCCCCGACGGCCAGCAGAUAUUGGUACCAAGUAACCAGGUCGUUGUGCAGGAUGCAGGAGGAGAAGUACAAACGUACCAAAUUCGCACGGCGCCGACAUCAGGCUCUCUGCCUCAAGCCUUAGUGAUGGCCUCAUCCCUAGGUCUGUCUCAGAGCAAACCCGAUGAUCCAACAAUGAAGAGGGAAAUUAGGCUCGCAAAGAACAGGGAAGCUGCCCGCGAGUGUCGACGAAAGAAGAAGGAAUAUGUCAAAUGCCUGGAGAACCGAGUGGCCGUGCUUGAGAACCAAAACAAAACCCUGAUCGAGGAGCUCAAAACUUUGAAAGAACUUUAUUGUGUCAAAACUGGAUAACGUGUUCAAGCGCAGAGACGAGUUGGGCUUUCAGCUCUUUGGAUACGAUCAGGUUUCUUGGAACACUUCAGGUUGAGAUCCUCCAUCUUUUUACGUUUUGCUUGAUAUAACAAUCAGAUAUAUACUUUUAUAUAUCUAAACAAAAGAAUUUGGACAUUUUUCCACUUAUUUUUUUGUAUUUACUAAUGCUAUAACAUUUAUAGUUGUGUAUAUUUUUAAACGGCAGAUUUGAAAUAAUGAGCUUUUUUUAGUCUCAAUUUCUGAAUGUCCUUUUCUGGAUUUGUCUCAUUUCUUGCUUGUGUUUUUAAAAUAAUGUUAUUGGGGUUUUCUUUGUUGUGUAGGUCUCCCAAUAACAUUCACAGAACUUGUGUUAUUUCUUAAUGAAUUGCUACACAGCAGUGUCUCUUAUUCCCAAUAAGGAAAUGUUACAGUUUUCAUUCCUUAUUUUUGUACAAUGGGAGGAAAAGGGUAAAAAAUAUAUAUGAAUGUGCAAGUCUUUCUUGGCCCUUACCUAGACAAUGAGGGCGAAGCACAUUUUGUCCAAGUGAUAUUUUAUUUGGUCUUGAAAGGUGCGAAGAUGCGGAACAAUGUUUGAAAUGUUGCUGAUUCUGUAAGUAAAUAAUAUAUAUUUUC